AUGGCCUUCCACCUCGAGCUGGCCGCGGAGGCAGGCACCUGCACCGCGGGCCUCCCCGCGUUUAUCCCCCUCUCUGCAGCGACCACCCUCCUCGGCCGCGGCGCGGACGGCGCGGCGGCGCUGACGGGCAUGGGCGACGCCGUUCACGUGCAGCUCAAUCACUGCCCGCCGGCGGGCUGCGAGUGGCAGCAGGGGAUUGUGUCCCGGCAGCACGCUCGGAUCUCCGUCGCCGGCUCGGCGGUCACGCUGACCGACGUCAGCGCAAACGGCACCGAGGUGGACGGCGUCGGACUCGCAAGAGACGCGGCGGCCGCGCUGCGGGUGGGCUCCGUAGUGGUCUUCGGCACGCGCGGUCCCGCCGCGUCCGGCGCCUCCCUCUCCCUCGCCCGCAAGAAGGCCUUCGCGUCGACCACCUUCCGCUACGUCCUCCGCGCCGGCCCUGCUCCGCCCGCAGAGCCGGCGGGCGCUGAGGCGGCGGAGGCGGAGGGUGAGGCGGGGGCAGCGGCGGCGGCGGCCGGCCCUGCGCUCUCGAGCCAGGACGAGGAGCCCGUGCCGCCCCCGCCCGCCGCCGCGCUGGCUGCGGCGGCGAGUGAGGGCGCGGAGCAGGGCGGCGGCGGUGCUGAGAGCAUGGAGGUGGAGGAGGCAGUGGAGGAGGAGGUGGAGGAGGAGGUGGAGGAGGAGGUGAAGGAGGCAGGCGACGGCGGCGGCGGCGGCGGCGGCGAGGGCGGCGGCGCUAGCAGUGGGCCGGCUGGCAUCGAGGCGCGUUGUCUGCCUCCGCCCGCCGCCUCUGCGCGACUCGGGUACGAGGAUUGCAACGCGGUCGGCAGCUUCGCCCUCUCGCCGUGCGGUACGCGGCGGGUGGCCGUGAAGUACUCGCAGCGCGAGGCCCUCUCUGCGGAGCUGGCGGAGAAGGUGGUCGAGUACGACAGCCUGCGCGCCUUCGAGACGGAAGACGGGCGCGGCUGGGGCCUGUGCUGCGCAAAGGGUCUGGCGAGGGGGGAUGUGGUCGUGGAGGCGGUUGGGCGUUGCUUGAGCGAGGGCGAGUACGAGGCGUUGGAGGGCAAGGAGUACGUCGUCUCGUUCGACGACGAGACGCUGGCCAGGAAGCGGGCGGCCGGCGACGACGUGCUCUACAUCGACGCGCGGCAGCAGGGCAACAUGAUGCGCUUCGCAAACGACUCCGACUCGCCCAACCUCCGGCUGAUGUACUGGCCGCCGCCGCCGGAGGGGGAGGGGGAGGAGGAGGGCGGGGGCGGCGCCGCCGCGCCGCCGCCGCUGCCCCGCCGCGCGUUCCUCGUCGCCACCGCCGACCUCCCGCCCUUCACCGAGCUCACGUGGUCUUAUGGCGUGCACUACCCUCGCCCGUGGCUGUUGGAGCAGCAGCGGCGGCGGCGGCGGCAGUUAGGACAAGCGCGCAAGGCUGCGCGCAACGACCAAGGCGGGGACAACCGCGACGCCGCACCGCAGCAGCAGCAGCAGCAGCAGCGCAAGGCAGCCGCCGCCACUUCUGGCGUCGGCGGUGACGGCUCUGAGGACGGCGCCCUCGCCGCCGCCUGCGGCCUGCUCGUCGACGUGGCGGAGGAGGCGACGGCAGAGGCGCUCGAGGCAGCAGUCGGCAAGGUCGGGCGAGGCCUCAAGACGCUCGAGCGGGCGAUCGAGCAGGAGAAGGCCGCGGCGGCGGAGGAGCUGAGCUCGCUGGACGCCGCGGUGGCUGAGGCCGAGGCCGAGGCGGAGCGGCGGCACGACCCGCUCGGCGCCGCCCGUGCGCAGUGGCGCACCUCGGCGGGUGCCGGUCUGCUGCGCAAGGCGCACCUUGUCAGCGUGGAGGAGAUGCGGGCGGCGCGCGACGAGCAGAAGGCUGCGUGCGUCCGCAUGGGGGAGCGGGGCGCGGCGCUGCUCGAGACGCACCGGGCCACGCAUGCCGCGCUGCAGGGGAGAGUGGGCACGAUGCUGUUCGCGGACCGCGGGGUGGAGCAGCGCGCGCACGACGACUACUCCUCCCGCCUCCAGGCCGCGCUGCAGCAGUUCCGCGAAUCGCUCGAGAAGCCGGACGAUUUCGACUGCGACUGCAGGUACCGCAACCGCGGCUACUACGGCCGACGCUGGGGCUACGACGACGACGACGAUGACGACGACGAGGAUUGCGAGUGUUGGAAGCAGAGCGACGACUACGCGUCCGUCCAGAGCCUGCUCGACGUCGUCGGGGAGAUCAUCGACGAGAUCAAGGACGACGUGGACCCCGCGCCGGCGCCGCAGCCCGUGCCGGCGCCUCUGGCGCCAGCCGCCGGCGCGGCCCGCAAGAUGGCCACCAUGGCGGCGCGCAAGUCGGCGCCCUCUUUCCCAGCGCGCAGGUCUGGCCUUGCCUCUGGCACGUCAUCGCCGCUGGCAAGUGAGGACGAGGGCGCGGAGAGCCUCUGGGCGCCGCACAUGAAGGCCGUGCUCGAGCAGGUGCACCCGAACCUGCGGAUCAGCCCCUCGGCGCUCGAGGCGGUGGAGGCGCGUGUCUGGUCCACCUUCAAGGCGGUGGUCGAGAGCUUAGAGCUCGGAGGCCCAGUUGCUGCGGAGCAGGUCGAGGCGGCGGUGCGGCGCGUGCUGCCCGGCGAGCUCGCAAAGCACGCCGUGAGCGAGGGCGGCAAGGCCGUCGCUAAGUGGCCCGCGCACCGCAAUGCUGGCCUCACCUUCCCCGUGGCCGACGUGGUGACGCUCCUCACCGAGCAGCUCGCGGAGAGGUACGCCGAGACCGCCAGAUCUGCGCCAGACUCGCGAGUUGCGGCCGUCUACUUGGCAGCGGUCUCAGAGUACGUCUGUGCCGAGCUGCUCGAGCUCGCCGGCGUGCGCUGCCGCGCCUCCGCCUCUCCGCGCGUGACGCGGGUCGACGUUGAAGAGGCGGUCGGAGAGGACGAGGAGCUGCGCACGCUCUGCGACAGCUUCGGACCGGCGGCGGCGGCGCGGACCAAGGUGGCGGCGCGCAAGUCGGGUCUCUACCGCCCGGUCAGCGACGCGGCUCGCAAGUCUGGCCCGUCGGCGAGUCUGCUCGCGAAGACGACGGCGCGAAAGUCGGCGGCUGCGACGGGCGCAGUGCCGAUGAGCGACGACGACGACGAGGAGCAGGAGGAGCAGGAGGAGCAGCAGGAGGAGAAGGAGUCGCUGCGCACCGCCCUCCGCCUGUUCGUGCUCACCUCGCAGCUCAACGCGGCGAUCGAGGAGGUCGGCGAGGAGGACGGGGGCGCAGACAAGUUGGGUGAAUUUGGAGCCGUGGCGAAGGAGAUCGCCGACUUGUGGAGGGAGGUGGUGCUCGAGUUGCCUCGCGAGCCGCGCGUGUACGACGGCAGCUUCGGCUCGGACGCGGGGCUGCCCACGCCGCUCUCCGAAUGCCUCGAGGCUUGCUCGGGGUGUCUCGACGACUCCCUCGACUCUGCGCCGCGCAGGGCCCUGGCCACGAAGGCCGCGCGAAAGUCCGCCCCCUCCUCGACCGCCUCGGCGAGGCAUCUCGCGGAGGAGAUCGGGCCACAGGUGCGCCUGCCGUGGAAGCACCCCUCCUUCCUCCGCAUCCUCGGCGGAACCGCGACGGAGCAGGACGUGCUCGACGAGCCGCGCGCCGCUAGCCAUGCUCGCCUCCGCUACCUCCGCCAGCAAGGCUCGCAGCAGUGCCUCGGCCAGCUGCUCUGCCUCGCCGGCCACCUCGCGCUCCCUCACUGGUCCGCCGAGGCGCUGCUACUGCUCGGCCGGCCGCAGCAGGCGAUGCGCCGCCUCGCCGACGCGCCGCCGCCCGCCGAGACCCGCAUGGCAGUUUGCGUGGGCGGGUCCACGCUGCCAGCGGCCGCGGUGUGGUCGAGGCAGGACGGCACGCUCAAGCUCAACCCGAGGCUCUUCGUCGUCCUCGCGCCGCUGGCGCCUUUCCUCAUCGAGCUGCGCGUCGCCCUCUCGGACUCGGACACCCUCCUUCAGGAUGCGAUCGGCGCGGCGCUCUCGGAGGUUGCCGCCGGCUCGGCCCUCGGCGGGCUCUACCCGGGCCUGCCCUCCGCCCCCGCGACGCAGCGCCGCGACGGCAUGCCCGCGCUGCUCAAGCUGUGCCGCGGCUCCAAGGCGCUGCCCUUCGACGCCUCCGCCUCCCAGCGCUGCCUCGUCGCCAUCGCCUCCGCCCCCGCCAGCUUCCCCGGCUUUGCCGGCGCCGUCGAGACGGCGCAAGCGCCCCUCUCCUUCGCAAGCGGCGCGGCCGAGGCGGCGUGGGCGGAGCCGCUCCUGCGCGCCUCCGCCCUCAAGACGACGUGCCGCCUCCUCGGCGCCAUGCCGGGCGGCGAAGCCCUGCGCGGCAAGCUGACGAGCCUCGUGCUCGAGAUCAAGAAGCCGCCGCCGCCAGGGGCGGCCCAAGCGCCGCUUGGGAUGCCGGCGUCCGGCGCCAGCCUGGCGUACGGCGGUGCCGACGGCUUCGCCUCGCUGCUGCAAGAGAUGCACGACGGGCUCAGCGUCAAGGAGAGGCUGCAGCCGUGGUUCCGCAGGCUUCUCGCCGCCGGCGUGGAAGAGCUGUCCCGCGCCGUAAGCCCCGAGCCGGCGCCGCUGCAGAUCCAGGCGCGGAGCCGGCAGGAGCAGCAGCAGGCGGCAGCGCGCCGCUCGCAGGAGUCGGCACGCAGCCAGAAGCAGGCGGAGCUGAGGCGCGUCCACGAGGCCGCCGUCGCCAGGCGCGGGCUCGAGCUGCGCAAGGCGGCGGAGCUGCAGGCGCUGGACGACGCGCUCACCCAGAUCGUCGAAGAGCGGACACGCCACGCGCCCGUCGACGUGUCUGGCUUUGCGCGCCUCUGCGAUGGCCUGCGCGCGGGCGACGAGGCGGCGGCUGCCGCCGCCGCCCGCUCGCUCGACACGGCCACCUCCGAGGACAGCGAGGCGGCGGCCGCGAGCGACGCGAAGAUGGCGGGCGGCGACGGCGGUGCGGAGGAGGAGGGCGAGGGCGGUGCGGCGGGCGAGGGAGCGGGCGAGGGCGCGGGCGACGUGCUGAUGGGGAGCGGGCAGAUCGCCGCGUGGGUGGCCUCCUUCUUCGAGCCGGGGCGGCGGGCGGGCGUGGCGCGGGCGGUGGUGGAGAGCGAGGUGGACGACCUGGACGUGCUGCUGAGCAUGAGCCACGCCGACUGUUUCGAGGUCUUGAUCGGCGACGAUGCCUCCCCCCACCCCGCGAGGGAGCAGCCCAGCCUCUUCCUCGCCGUACGCCGCCUCUGGCUCGCUCUGCAGCGCCGCGCCUCCGAUGCCAACGCCGCUGCCGCCGCCUCUGCCGCUGCCGCCGCCUCUGCCGCGGCCGCCGCCUCUGCCGCCGCCGCGGGCGGGGCAAGCGCAGCGGGAGGAGAGCGGCUCUCGGUCGACGGCGCGGCGAUCGGCAGCGAGGGGCUCGACGGCGCGGUCCUCUGCUCGCUGAGCCGCGAGGAGCGGACGGGGCUCGCGCAGUCGUUCAUGAUAGAGUGGAUGGGGCUCGCGCAGUCGCAGCUGCUGCAGGUCCCCGAGGCGGUGGCCGGCGAGCUCUAG